AUGGCUGACUGCCGAGCAAGAUGGCUGCUUAUAAACGUGCUCCAGCAUAUGGCUCAAAUACCAUUGAAAAUUACGCUUGCAGAAACACUCAAACUACCCCAACCAACUAUGUCUCAACCCAAGACAAAUAAAUGUACCUCAAGAGCUGAAAAGCUAAAUUUUUGGGGCCAGAAGUCGUCCUCCGCGUCUGAGGCCACGCGGGCUGCUCUACAAGGUUGCGCUGAAGAUUCCGACGCCAGUAAUCACACUGGAAUUCCGGACGAGUUAAAACCCACUGAAUGCCUCACAAGAGAUUAUUUCAAGAGAGCUCUCGAAGCCAUGUCGACAAAGCUCAUACAUACCUGGCAAUCAACGGCAGACCAACUCAGAAAAGAGGCCCUUGACCUAUCCACCAGAACGUCUCACACAGAGAAGAAGUGUAAGGAAUUAGCCUCCGCCCACAAUGACAUGGCAGACUAUGUACAGGCCCUAGAGCACAAGAUGGAGAUAAUGGAAACCCGCAUGGUUUAUUAUGAAGACAGGGCACGCAGAAAUAACUUGCGUCUGCGUGGAAUUCCAGAAUCUGUGCUCCGCGGAGACCUCCCAGUAUAUGUCUGGGGCCUUAUGCAUGCCUAUGCCCCAGGAAUACCCGCAGACAUGCUAUUAGUCGACUGGGUUCAAAGAGUCACCAAACCAAAAUACUUACUGGACUCUGCACCCCGCAAUGUGCUGCUCAAGUCACAUUAUUUUCAUGUUAAGGAACUUAUUCUCUGA